GCCCAGCCAGCCCCACCGACAGACUCGCGGCUCCGUGGCAGCCAUGGAGCACCGCGGCACCUCCCCUCUCCUCCUCGCCCUCGCCCUCCUCAGCGCCCUCUGCUGGCGGGCGCGGGCUCUGCCCCCGCGAGGAGCCUCCUUCCCUCCCGUCCCUCGAUUGGGAAACAGAAUGCCAUUUGAUGGAGCCAGUGAACCUAACCAUGCCCAUGGAUCAUUAAAGUCUGAAUCAGACAUUUUGCAGAACACACUACCUGAAAACGAGAAAUUCUAUUUUGAUCUGUCCAGAAUUAUUGAUAGAAAUACAAGGCAUGCUGAUGGAAUUUUCACCAGUGUCUACAGCCAUCUUUUGGCUAAACUUGCUGUGAAGAGAUAUCUGCAUUCGCUUAUUAGAAAACGAGUUAGCGCCCAGGAUAGUCCUGUCAAACGCCACUCUGAUGCUGUCUUCACUGACAACUACAGUCGCUUUCGAAAACAAAUGGCUGUGAAGAAAUACUUAAAUUCAGUUUUAACUGGAAAAAGAAGCCAAGAAGAGCUAAACCCUUCUAAACUUCGAGAUGAAGCAGAACUUCUUGAACCUUCCUUUUCAGAAAACUAUGAUUCUGUAGAUGAGCUGCUGAGCCACCUCCCACUGGACCUCUGAAGGACACCUGGUAAAGUCUAUGAGAAGAACAAGCUAUUUUUGAGUUCCACAUAGUAUUUCAAAGAGAUGACUUUAGUCAUCAAACCAGAACAAAUAUGUUGUGAAGUGAAAGUUGUGAUAUAUUUGUUUCUUAUGUAAUAAAAGUUGAUAUUUACAUUGUAAAUACUACUCUAGAGUUCUCUACUGAAAGCUGUACAUAUGGAUGCCAGUUUAACUCAUGAGAAGUCUGUGAGUCCAUAUGCUGUAAAUCCUUUACUUCAAUAAAUUCAUUUGAAAAUGA